AUGGCCACUACACAUCAUUUCAAAUCGCCAUCAUCAAGUGAUAUACAGCGCUCUUCUGAAAGCUCUGUUUCACACCGCGGCGGAACUUUGACGGCUUCCUCUCAUCAUGCGCCCUCAGGUAUCGAUCUUGGCCAUGCACCGAGCAGGACACAAACCGCUACCAAUGCCUUAACGACUGCGCCUACAAAACCCCCACGCUGCAUUUUGGCCGGCGGAAUGGCACGUGGAUGGACACAUGAGUCCAUCAUAGUCUGUUGGCGUCGUUUUCUGGGGAUCAUGGGGAAUUUGAACAGCAUCAAGACGGUUUCCAAUCUUGAAAAAGUGUACAUUUACAUAAACGAGUUGGUUGACGUCCUACUUAAAAUUCAACAAAAUCAAGCACUGAGCCCGGUUUCAGACAACUGUGUCAGACCUCUCCCGCUAUAUUGCACCCCAUUGGACCCUGUCCUACCAGUUUUACUCGAGGCUCUCACACUUCCUGAGCAACCAACAAGCAUCCAGCUUUCCGCUUUACGUGCUCUAACCGCUGCUCUCCUAAGGCCACCACAAGGACGAAUCAACCUGGAAGCGAUCGCACAGUUUUAUCGCCUUCUCCAUCGAUUUCUCUCCAUAUCCGACAAACCAUAUGUCUACGAGAUUAUUCGUUCUUGUGGAAUGCUUUUGUUUUCUUCCGAACUGCCCUCCUGUCACCUACUCAUCCUCGACUUCUUGCAUGGAGCUUCCGUAAUCUUUGAUGAUCCGUCUCCUGCGAGAGAGGCCCCUCGGAUAGAAGCGCUGACAAUGAUCACUACGCUUUUGUGUUACUCAACUCAUUUUGGAUCAUUGGAUUGCUUGGACCAAACCGAUCCGGAAUCCAUCCGUCUGAUCCCCUGCUCGGAUCUUCGAUUCCGUCUGCUAGAACUUCUCGUUCGAGUCACAUUGAAUGAUCCGAGUGCCGACGCCAGGUGCCUGGCACUUAGUGCCUUGGCUAUCUAUUGUGUUAUCGAGCUAGUGCAUUCUGAAUCGAAUCCAGCAAGUCCGCUCCCCCUUGAUGGUCGUUCCGCCUCGUUUCCGAUUGAUGCCCUCGCCGUACUUCUGGGAAUGAUGCGUUUCUCGAAUCGAUCGAUCGCGCUUGUUGCCGUAGACGCUGUCCGCAUGCUCACUGGGUAUUUCUAUGCCUUCUCACAGCUUGCGCCUGGCCUGCCACUGCUUAUCGUUCGAUCAUUGACUUGGACUUUGAAUUACAUUUGGGAUUCCUCGUAUGACAGUGACAUCUUCCAACUAGAUAAGAGAUUAUUGGUGAUCAUCAUCCUUACCAUCACUGAAUGGAUGCUGCUUCUACCUCUGAGUUCUACCCGAACCGCUUCAUAUGGCAGUGGUGCAGAUGUUGAGUCGGAGUGUCUACUUUCUACAGUUUUAACCACUCUUUACAAAGUCAUUUGUACAUCGCCACCCUGUGAUUCGACAUCUAGCGAAACGGAACAGACUACAACUGCUCUCCCAGUCGAGCUUCCAGAUCCUCUUGUAUCCUUGCUGUCGGAUUGCCAAAUACCUAUUGAUUUGAAGGCCUUCUCGGCCCCGCAAUCUCUUUUGGAUUCGUCUCUCGACGUCCAGUCGUACACCUUGACAGACGCUAAACACAUCUGGCCCGAAUAUGAGCAACUCGGUGAGACCUCUCGUCCACAACAAUCGAUUCGACUUGCCGCACGGGUCGCUCUCAGCCACAUGUUGAACCACUUGGAUCAUUUUCCAAUGGAUGACCAAGGAGCUCAAUUGAACACGAUCAUUCAAGAACAUCAUGACCAUUUUACGCCACGCAAUACCUUCAACUUCGAUGAUACCUCUGAACUUUCGCUUUCUGUGCUCGAAAAAGACAAUAUACAACUGUUCGCGAUUAACAAGUCCAUCCUACUCAGCUUCAUUUCUCUACCUGCAGUUUCGAUUCAACAACAAGCGUCCCGCCACCUUUAUUCUGGCUCCUCUAGCCUCAGGCAACCAAUCCCGUUGAACGAAUCAGCGAAAUCCGGAUUCUAUCCUCUUGACAUAUUUUUGUCCCACUCUCCUUCCUCUUCUUCGACAUCAGCAACUAAUUUGUGGACAGCCGUGUCAGAUGCCCAAUAUACGCGAGUUAUUGUUCGCGAUUUUUCCGGAAAGUACAGUUGGGAUUUGUCAGUUUUGCACGCCUUGUCGUGUAAUUGGCAUCAUUCAGAUAAUGAGGGAUUCAUGCCGGAUGGGACAUCGUGCGGCAAAAGUGAUAAUGUCCAGGAUCCCAUCCUGCUUCGCACCCUACCACCUUGCCCCCCACCGCGAUCGAAUCCGAAUCCACCCCCCUUGACGUCAAACCAAGCGUCAUUGGCUCAUUCCGGCUCACCGGCUGGUGACUGGUCUCAUUGUACUCCAGGUGCAGUGCCACAAGUCGCUUCACCCAACCACAGCAGUCCUCUUGCUUUGAAGGACUCUCCGAAUACCACACCCGAUGUCUUGCAGACGCUGCUUUCUGACCUCGCGGUGAGCAGUCCAGAAUGCUAUGUGGACUUGGAAUCGAACUUUCGCGAUUCAUUACCUUCUGCUGUUACUGACAGUUCUACGAUUGACUCCUCUUCCAACAUGGAGACUUUAACGGGUGAUCAAAUUACAGCACAGUGCCAGAUGGAUGCCGACAUUCUUUUGCACAAUUCAAAAUAUUCGUUUUCCAUCGAACCAAUCGAUCGCGAACCUGCAUCCAUUAAACAUCCCGAUUGGUAUGUGCCCCCAACUCCUCCCACAUCGCCCUCUGAUGAUUCGUCUCAACGAGAUUCUCCUUUCGAUUUGGCUCAUUUCGCCUCUUGUCGGCAUUUAAUCAAUCAAUUGGGUCUUCUUUCCUUUGAAUGUCGUCCCACCAUAGAACUAAUCCAAAAAUCCGCCGGGCUUGUGAGAGAUUUGAAACAUCUGGACAAAUUCGGCGUGCGCGAAUCCCACAAAAUCGCGGUAUUCUACGUCAGCGCUGGACAGGAGGAUAAACAAUCCAUUCUGGCUAAUCAAAGCGCCAGCUUAGAGUUCGAAAACUUUGUUGCUGGGCUCGGUUGGGAAAUCGAUUUGGUCACACAUCGAGGUUUUCGUGGGGGGUUGGAACAAAGCGGUCGAGCCGGAAAAUCUACACCAUACUACGCGACAGCGACUCUGGAGGUUAUCUUCCAUGUGUCAACUCGUAUGCCUUCAUCAACCCAAGAAGAUCUUAAAUACAAACACUUGGGGAACGACGAUGUUAUGAUUAUCUGGACGGAGAAUGCGCGUGCGUUCACUCGAGGAGUUCUUCGCACUCAGUUCGGUGACGUGUUAAUCAUCAUCUCACCACUACCGUCAGGGCUGUUUCGAGUUGAGGUUCAACGGAAAACUGGGGUCGGUUUAUUCGGGCCUAUCGUGCAUUUGGCCGUUCUUGAUUUUAAAACUCUACCCGGCUUGGUUCGCGCAACUGCUAUCAGUGCAAGCCGUGCGGUGCGCGCGAUGAAACCCGGUUACGGUGCCCAUUACGAGGAAAGAGCGGCCAGUUUGAGGCAGAUCAUCCACCGCCACAUUGCCUACACUUGCUUCGAAGAUUUCGUUCAAUCUCUCAUUCUACCUUCAGUCCCAAUUGAUUGCAUACCAGCCCCCAGUGGUUUGAACGGUUUAAACGCACCUCGUGAGUCAACCGACAACGUACGUAUGCCACCGUCACAUUUUCCCAGUCAGUGGAACCCGAGCAUGCCGGUUGCCACAACAAUACAGCAGCCCACUGUCAGCUCACAAACCAGCGUGACUGCAGGAGCACGUCCUGGCAAUGUAACCAAAGAGAAAAAGUGACCGGCUUUUCAACUUGGCGCCCUCACCACUGAGAAACCUCUUGUUUUUGCCACUCGUGUGUUCAUCGUUGCGCGGUAUGCUCCCACAUUUUUGCGUUCAUAUCGCCAAGCACUCCUAACUCUGCUAUCGUGUAUGGCUUGACGUGUCGCGGAACACACUGUCACUGGGAGACCACUCGAGCGCAGCUAUUCACUGCUACCUGAAUUGUCCCCAUUCCCUACACUUUCAGCACCAUUUUUGUAGCUGAACAA